CGGACCCCAAACAUUCUCUUCAAAACAACUGGUAUUAACUCAGCCACUGCAGCCUCAGGAAAGAGAAAACGAAGACCCUGAAACCCUAAUCUUCUCUCUCUAUAAACGUUAUCUUUCUCCCGCUCUAGAUCAUUCACUGUUUCUCUCUUCUCUGAUUCUUCGAUCUUCUUUCACUUCGGGCGUCAAAGCGCUUUGGUUUCUUUGCAAAACUAGACGUCUACGAUUUUCCCGGAAUGUGUAUAAAGAUCUUGGUAAUCGAGACUAGACCAUCUCCAUCACUUCUUUUCUGCGCUGAGCUCUCACCGUGCCUCUUUCUAUGGCGGUUUAGGGUUCUGAAACUCAAGCUCACAAUAUCAACAAGGGUGUCUGUUUUUCAUUUCGCUUGCAAAAGCUAGAUUCACCAGCAAUUUUUUGUGUUUCUUCUCAAGGAUGAGAGCUUUCUCCAAUCGGCCAUUCUCUGUAGUUGCGGCUACAUUCCUGUUCUUUCUGGUGCUUCUGCUUGCGUCUCAUACAGCUUUGCAACACGGCAAUGGUUCCGAGAAGUCAAGGCUGAUGGGAUACAUCACUCUCUCUGUCCCUCAUCGCAAGCUUCUUCAUCGUGCGCUGGUGGAACCGAACCGAAUAUGGGGAGAGAAAUGUUCCAAGGCUGAUAUAGUGAUCAACCAGGGCCCCACGUCUCCACUCCCUAGCGGCAUACCCACCUACACCGUUGAGAUCAUGAACGUGUGCUUCACCGGCUGUGACAUCUCCGGCAUCCACCUCAGCUGCGGAUGGUUCAGCUCCGCUCGCCUCAUCAACCCUCGAAUCUUCAAGCGCCUCCGCUACGACGACUGCCUCGUCAACGACGGCAGACCCCUCACCAACGGUGGAACACUGUCGUUUCAGUACGCCAACACCUUUCCUUACCCACUCUCUGUCUCCUCCGUUGUCUGCUGAUAUUAAUAACCACACCUCCAUGCAAUAAACGACAACCAUAUAAAGAACUCGAAGCAGGACUUGCUCCUCCUUUUUUGUCUUCCGGCUCUGCUUUUGCUUUAUAUAGUUCGUUUCUCUUUCUUCUUUGCCUUUUACGCAUUUUUUGAGCUGGGGAUGGUUCCACAUACUCACACAUUGUAAAACUUCCAUUCCAGGGUGAUGAUUUCAAUUUUUGGGUGUUUGUAUAUAUACUGCUUGCUUCUUGUACGUCUGCCAGCAACGCGAGUUUCUAACUGUGAUUAGAGGAAUGUUCUUUGCUUUCUUAGUUUGUUCUUCUUGAUGAAUUGAAUACAUCUGAGAGAUGAUUCUUGCUUCUGAUAA